UGAAGAACUAAAAGAAAAGUCCCAAACUCUCUCCCUCUUUACUUUCUCUCUCUAAGAUUUAUAUAUAGUUUCUCUCUCUAGAAAUUGGGCAAAAUGCAAGAGCCAACUGCGACAAGUUCGUUGGUGGCGAGUUUACCUUCGAGUAGUGAGAGAUCUUCGAGCUCUGCACUUCAUAUCGAAAUCAAAGAAGGAAUGGAAAGUGAUGAUGAGAUAAGAAGAGUGCCGGAGAUGGGUGGAGAAGCUGCGGGAGCAUCAGUUUCCGGCGGAGACACCGGAUCAGGUGCUGGUCCAGACCGGGUUCAAAGCUCAAACGUUGGUUCAAGGAAAAGAGGCAGAACCCCAGCCGAUAAAGAAAAUAAACGGUUGAAGAGGUUGUUACGCAACAGAGUUUCGGCUCAACAAGCAAGGGAGAGGAAGAAGGCAUACUUGAAUGAAUUGGAAGUGCGAGUAAAAGAAAUUGAAAAGAAGAACUCCGAGCUUGAAGAGCGACUUUCAACUCUCCAAAAUGAGAAUCAAAUGCUUAGACAUAUCUUGAAAAACACUACAGCCGGUAUGCAAGAAAAGAAGUAGACAUAUGAUUAGAAGAGGAAAAGCAUUACAUGUGCAAUCCGAAUCAUAGCUUGAAAAUCGAAGGGUUUGGUUUAGGAUCGAGACUUGUUAUUGUGGUUAUUUCUUUUCCUAGCAAACAUAAUGAGAAUCCAACCAUCUUUACGUACGAUUCGAUUAAAGAUCUUUAAGUCAUGUAGGUGGUAAUGGGCUGUGUUUCUAAAUGACCAAAAAAGAUGUAAAGUAUUGCAUAUGAUAUGGGUUUUAAUUUGUAGCACAAGUAACGUGUCUGUUAAACAAUGGUAUUGGAACCGUUUUACACAGUAAAUCCUACUAUUUAAUCGGUC